AUGGCCAAUCCAUUCGCUCGAAUAGCGGAGGGUUACUAUCGACCUGUCAAGAAGACAUUUUCAAUAAGCUGUUCUCGCAAAAUUCGCAAAAUAGGAGACGAAAACCCCUUCAAGUUUUCUAAUUUUAUAUCGAAUCUGCCACCAAUCGGUGGUAGAGCGAUGCCUCGUUGCAGCAAACGCACACGAAGUGGCGCCCCCGCCAACGGGGGCGAAGUCCUGCCCGGAGCCACCACUAUAGACGAACAUCAUCAUCACAAGAGAUCGAGAAAUAGCAGCUCACGUCGACAUUCCAAAGCAGAAGACACUAGUUUUAGUGCAAAGAAAUGUUUAACUUGGUUUAAAGAAUACACAACAGUAACAGAACCAGAUGUAUUAGGUCCUGAAGGAAUGGAAAAGUUUUGCGAGGAUUUAGGAGUGGAUCCAGAAAAUGUAGUGAUGUUAGUAAUUGCUUACAAAAUGGGAGCAAAACAAAUGGGCUACUUCACUCAAGAAGAAUGGUUGAAGGGGUUAACGGAGUUACAAUGCGACAGUGUUCACAAAUUGCAGAACAAAUUAGAAUAUUUACGCAGUUUACUGAAUGACCCCUAUAUAUUUAAGGCUGUUUACAGAUAUUCUUAUGAUUUUGCUAGGGAUAAGGAUCAGCGUUCACUAGACACCAGCACCGCUCGGGCGUUGCUCGGCGUUUUAUUACCGCGCUGGCCUCUCCGGCCGCCGCUAGGGGAGUUCUUACAAAGGGAGCGCCGGUACCGGGUCGUCAACCGCGACCAGUGGUGCAAUAUACUGGAGUUUAGCCGCACUGUGGACGCUCAACUCACCGCCUACGACGCGGACGGCGCGUGGCCGGUGAUGUUAGACGAAUUCGUGGAAUGGUUGCGUGCGGAGAGGGCGCCCGACGCCGCCAUGCCGCCCGCCAGCUGA